UAAUGGCGUUCCAUAGUCGACAAUUCACGCAUGGUCUUUUUCGGAAAUCUUCAAGAUGGCUGAAUAUGAUCUGACUUCGAAAAUUGGUCAAUAUUUAGAUCGACAUUUGGUUUUUCCUCUCUUAGAAUUUUUAUCAGUAAAAGAGAUUUAUGAUGAGAAGGAAAUGCUACAGGGAAAAAUAGAUCUGCUGAGCAACACCAACAUGGUGGACUUUGCUAUGGAUGUUUUUAAGCAAUUGAAUUCCGAUGUUGAUGUGCCAUCAAAGUUGCGAGAGAAAAGGACCGAAGUUGUAACUCAACUCAAGAGCCUUCAAAUGCAGAUUGACCCCAUUGUGAAAAUAUUCCUUGACCCUGAAGUCAGCAAGCAAGUGCAGUCUACACGUGACGGACAGCAACUCUUUGAAUAUCUGAAAUCUGAACACAAUUUUACUGCUGAGAUGGUUGAGCUCUUGUUCCAAUACGCUAAAUUCCAAUAUGAGUGUGGCAAUUACUCUGCGGCUGCCGAAUACCUAUAUUUCCAUAGAGUGCUGGUUUCCCCCAGUGAUCCUUGUUUUAUGAGCUCCUUGUGGGGCAAGAUGGCUUCAGAGAUUUUGAUGCAGAAUUGGGAGGCUGCCCUGGAGGACCUCAAGAGAUUACGGAACACCAUUGAUUCAAAUCAAGCAUUUGUUUCACCUCUACAACUUCUGCAGCAGAGGACAUGGUUGAUCCAUUGGAGCUUAUUUGUAUUUUUUAACCAUCCUGAAGGCAGAGAUGACAUCAUUGAUCUUUUCCUCUACCAACCACAUUACCUAAAUGCGAUACAGACCAUGUGCCCACAUAUUCUUCGUUACCUUACAACAGCAGUGAUUACAAACAAGAAGAGACGGCAGUAUCUCAAAGAUCUUAUUAAAGUCAUACAACAAGAAUCCUACACCUACAAAGAUCCAAUCACAGAAUUUGUUGAAUGCUUGUACGUCAACUUUGAUUUUGAUGGUGCACAACAGAAGUUACGAGACUGUGAAAUCGUUCUUUCAAAUGAUUUUUUCCUGGUGGCAUGUCUGGACGAUUUCAUUGAGAAUGCCAGAUACUUCAUCUUUGAAACAUUUUGCCGCAUACACAACUGCAUCAGCAUCAGUAUGUUGGCUGAGAAGUUGAACAUGAAUCCAGAAGAAGCCGAGAGGUGGAUCGUGGAGCUGAUCAGAAAUGAUGCUAGAUUAGAUGCCAAGAUUGAUUCAAAAUUAGGGCAUGUUGUUAUGGGCGUGAAGUCAGUCUCACCUUAUGAGCAAGUCCGAGAGAAGACCAAAAAUCUAGCCUUCAAAAGCCAGAUGUUAGUCAUGAAUAUUGAGAAGAAAGAACAGGCUUUACGAGCAAAACUGAGUGGGGCACCACAAUGGGGAGCUCAGGAUGUCUACUGAGGACUCAUACAAAUGGCUGUCAUAAUACAUACAAGUAAAUCACAUUGGAGUGUUAACAUCUCAAGUGUUGUACCAGUACUGUACAUCCAGAUGAUACAUCCGGAUUAUAUUGGCCAACAACAGUGAAAAUACUUUUAAAAGCACUGUACAUUAUUAUCAUAAAAUCUCAUUCUGGUCUGUGAAGACGAUGAUUGCAAACUAGGUUACGGUUACCAAUACAACUUUAAAUAAUACUGUAUAUAAAUAAAUAAAUAAAUGGAAGAAAGUCAGUGCAUCCUCUAAUCUGAGAUAAUUUUUUCAAAGAACCAAAUAACAAUCUUGAAUCUCUUAACACAAAGCUAACCCUCUAUUUGGGGAACAAACCCUGAGACCACCCAAACUUUUCGUCUCAAAGGUGGUCUCAAAUAGGAGGGAGAACUGUAUCUAACAGUUCACUGAAUUUAAUGAAUUAAAGAAUUACUGAAUUGACCUUAUGAAACUUUAACCUCUGAUUAUCCUAAUUUAAAUAGUGGUAAAUGAUGGUACAGUAGUAACACAGUGUUAAUAUGGGUCAUAUUGGAGAUCAGCACACAUUUCAUCUAAUACCAGUUAUUCUAAUAAUUUUUUUCAUAGCCAAUAAAAAUUGAUGUGAAUUUGUAGUCAACA